CCACUCUCUCCACCGUUCUGCCUUGUGUAUCCAAUGGUAGGAAAGGCCAAUUGCAGAUAUCUCUUGCUCCUCACCCAUUGGGGUGGUUCACGUCCUCUAUCAAACCUGUGAAAAUUGUAUAUCACCUUUCGAGCGACCUUCAUCUGAAACAUCUUCCGAUCUAUCCUUUCUUCUCGUAUCGUCUCGGUCUUUUGGGGAACGGCGUCUCGGGUCUCGUGUGACGACAUUCUAUUUUUUCCAUCUCCUCGACAGAACUAUAUGCAAGUCGAUCACGGGGAGCCUGUGCAAAGCUCGAUUUACGUUUUGAGAGACAUCACUUCAGGCCAAUCUUUGGAAUCAGACGCAUGACCUGCAACAUCAGACGAGGUAUCAAAGCAGAUAAUUGGUGGCUUUGCCUAUGAAACUCGUCCGCCUUUGAAUCUUGGUUGCUGGUUGACACACCGGUGGCGCCCACUCAAAAAGCCCUCAUCUUGCCGUGGCCUCUCCUCUCUUCAGUUGUAUCAAAUCUGCACGAUCCAGCCGCUGGCGGUUCCGAACGUCUUGUAGCUAUCAGCAGACAGUGUUGUGGACACUGAGCACGAGCUGGUCCAGGUUGGAUGACAUCCGACAAAAUCAGAUUCCCGGACACGUGACGGCUGUCCUAUAUCGACGACUGGAAGAGUCUAAAUGGGUCGCUUUCAAUGGAUCCACGGACAUCCCAAGCAAGGCGGCGACAAGCUGCACGCCGUCGCUCAUGACUGGUUUUCCAAAGACACUGCCGAGCCGCCCAGACAGGCUUUGACGGAAAUAAUGAAGGGGUAUACUAGCUUCGACUCCAGUGUCAGCGGCGAGUCUUCGAAAUCCCAGGGAAGGUCACGGACAAACACCGCCACUUCAUCAGUCUCCCAAUACACGCGUUCAUUGUCGGAUGGCUCAAACGAAUAUCCCUCUAGACCUUCGUCUCGGCAGAGCUGCGUUGAAGGCGGUCUUCCAUUGACGGACCGAUAUGAGACCAACGCGAAGAGUUUGCUCUCCAGAGGCACUCGUAUAUUGAAGCGACAAGGCAGCAAGCUCAAUCUCCUCCCUUCGCAACUGGAAGAGAAGUCACCAGAGCGUAGUGCAGGAAGGGUCGGAGAAAGCUCCCCGGGCAAGGCUCUGCACCGGCAACUCACCAACAGCUCAAAACGAACUGGUAUGAAACGAAGCAUAUCCGGGCCGUUCGCCUUUCAGCACUUGUCUCAUGGUGAUCAAGCUCAUUUCCGGAACAUGGACACUGUCGCCAAAUCCGAACUGAGUUCUGAAUUCAAAACCAUCCAAGCUGUCCAGCAACCUGAGGACAGUGUACGUGGGAUUCCUAUCACAGAUCUACCACAAAACGUUGAACGGCCAGUGCAUUCUGGGUCGGAUGAACCAACCUCGCCCACUACUGACGCCAUCCCCUAUCUGCCUAUCACGCCUCCUCGCCCUGAGCCUCCUCCAAAGGAUCCUCUCUUAUCUCCAUGCAGCCCCGCUGAUGUUCGACUCUCUCGGUCUAUGGAAAACUUUUCUCGUCCCACCAGACUGUCCGUCACACCCAGCGAUCUCUCCCCGUCCUUUCAGCUUUCGGAAAAGCUGUCAGUCCUGAGCCCCAUCUGCCGCAAUAGCAUGCUCGGCAAACCGCUACCAAUAUUGCCAGAUGUCGUACACGCCGUAUCUACGAGGGACGACAGUGCCCUCCCACUGCGCACAGCUCCACUGCCUUCACCACCCGUGAUCAGGAUGGAAGCUGUGCUGGAAGAAGACAAGAUGGAGAGUACCGUUCUACCGACAGACGGCAUGUGCGCUUUGACAAGAGAACAAAAGCGACGCAGCCAGUCAUCGGGCGAGCUUCAGCUCCAAGCCGCAUAUUAUAACUUGACCUCUACAAUGAGAAAUGUGGAGGCGUCUUUGGAUGAACCUGUGGCAGAUCCAGAAAGUCAUCCUUGCCCAGCCAGAUGCUCUCUCACAAUGAGACCUGUGCAGAUUCAGGAUUGGGAAGACGCAAUUGACUACUCUUGGGACCUCGAUGCUGACGAAGACAAGAGUGAUUCAGAUGCGACAGUCGAGAGGCCAGACGGUAGUAGUAUCCCGCAGGAGAAUUACCUGGUCAUCGGGCAGAACGCCGUCGAUGAGGCGUCCUCGUCAGCUUCCACUCCUUUGAUGAUGCAACUCCCAAAGACGACAUACCAACCAGACCUCGAGCAGAGGGCAGAGAGGUGGUCUAGUGCCGAACCCAAGGAGCCAUCCUCACCUUUACUGGGACUUGGGAUCGGCCCCCUUCAGCCAGUGCCGGAUGUCUUUAUUGCAGAACCCGAGACCGCUUUUGUCCCGCGACCUGGUGCCUCACAUCAUCCGACCGAUAUCUACCGUCCACAGAUCUUGCGAAGCCCAUUUUCUUCGAUCAGCAAGUCAAGUUCUCAAGAAAGCAUUAUCCUUUCCAUUGCUUCCUCGGUUGUUGGAACGCAGAGAUCAUCGCACUCGAGCACUUCAUUGUCGGAUUUUGCCCACUUGGCCAAUUUUGGCGAAUCAAUGGAGAGUCUCAAAUUAGACCAUCAAGAAGUCUCGCCUUGUGGUGAGCAUCACAACAGAGAGGGCAGCCAAGAAACCAUUCGUGAAGAGUCUCAAACGGAUUACAACGAGAACGGUGAAGCUAUUUAUGGCUCGUCUGAUUUUCCAACGACGUCGCCCACACUCAGGCACGACCGUGGCUCAUCAGCGCCUUCCAUUCCAAUUCCUGAAAGGAAGUCAUCAAUGCCCGGCGGCGACCCGUCGAGAGCAAGUGGACGCAGACGGGCUGGUACCACCAACUCUCGUCCUCGACGUAAUACUCGUGUGUCUUACUCCCUUUUCCCGGCACCCCCUUCACAUUGACUCGACUUAUCGGGUGAGACGGCAAUGUACUAUUCUACGGAGCACGGCUGGUUACCACCGGAGAUCUCCUGAUCUAUUUGUCCCGUUGUUUUGUUUUUAUGAGCUAAUGAUUGCGUUUGUUGGGUUUUCUUUGCCACGAUGUUUUAUGAUUCAAAUGCGAUCCCCCAAGGACAAUUAUACUACUGAGGGGGGAAACAGUUAGACUCGACAGGGAGUAUGGAUUGGACUGGCAGGUCGGUAAAGACGAGGCCAACAAAAGGACCUGGUUUUGGAAAAGUCGAUGGUUUCUUUCCGGUCUGGGUGCAGACUGUAUUGUUUUUUGAGCAAGGAUUCUUCAAACCCUGGUUCUGGAGUGUACGCUAGAUCCAAGAAUUAUGGCUAUAAAGGGUGAAAUUCAGGGUGGUUGGAAGGUAAAAGUGCUCAACUGGCGGCGAGGUGAUGGACAUCUGAAUGCAGCUUCUGCAGCAUGCAUGCAUCCAGCUUCCGCAAUGCAUUCUGCUUGUGCAAGGGGACUGGCAAGGUCGGCAUGCUGCAUGAGGCUGCAGGGCGCUUCUCCAGCCUCAGACCCGCCACGACUCAGAGCCUAGUCAAAAGAUGUAUAAGCACCAAAGGAUCAACAGUGUUAAAUACAAGGCGAUCAAGCAUGCAUUUGUCCAUCCUUGACCUUCAAGAG